GUGGCGGACACCGAAGGCGGCCUGACCUUGCCAGUUACCAGCCACAGCAGCCUGAUCUUGCCAGUUACCAGCCUCAGCAGGUUUUGGUUCCAGUUUGCUGCCAUUAUAAUCAGCACUUGUAUUCUCAAGUUCAAAUUGAGAAGGCCAGGCAUAAUGAUCUAUUCAUUAUCACUACGAGAAGGGCUCACCAUCACUGCGGUGUUGUCUGCCAUCAAUUAUAUCUCGGUGCUGCACGGGAGGUGGGGGGACACGGCCAGCCCGCAAGAUCGCAGCCCGCUGCGGGCCGGCGAGCGCCUGCUGAUGAGACGCAUACGGCGCCAGCUGCGAACACCGUCGGAAGGACCCCUGAACCUGACCCGGUCGGAAAAAGCUGAUCAAUCUCAAUACGGAGUGCCUGAUUUUGUUCUGUCUUUGACGAACAAUAAGACGGGUGGCUUCUUCGUGGAAUGCGGCGCAUUCGACGGCGAGACAAUGUCGAACACGCUGCUGCUAGAGCGGCGGUACGGCUGGAGCGGGCUGCUGAUGGAGCCGGCCCGCCAGCUGUUCGCUAAGAUGGUGACCAAGCGACGACACGCCUGGCUCCUGGAGGCUUGUAUCAGCAACCGGCCCUACUCCUACGAGGCGCAGUUCCAGGAGCUGGCAUUCCUCGGCACGCUCGAAGAUAACGUGACAUCAAUGUCGUGGUCGGACGUGUCCCAGCAUCAGCAAGGCAUGUUUUACGGCAAGCCGAUGUCGGAGCGUCGUCAGUACAGUGUCCCCUGCUACCCGCUGGAUGCUGUGCUGGCCGCACUCGGCUCACGCUCAGUCGACUUCUUCAGCUUGGAUGUGGAGGGGGUUGAGAUGGGCGUGCUGGCUAGUAUCCCCUGGCGGCAGCUGGAUAUCAAGAUUGUAUCCGUGGAGGUUUUCUUGGGAACGAGAUGGAACCCACAGCUUCCAGGCAUCGUAGAUAUCAUGGAGAUGAACGGCUAUUGGGCCGAGCCCCUGCUUGUGGACUGGCUGUUUGUGAAGAAGGACUCAGAGUUUGCCAACGGGUCCGUCGAGAAAAUCAGAACAUUUAGAGAUUAUAUGAUCAGUUCUCGAAGAUGGACACCAGAGGGAUGGGUAAGCACUAGAAAUCUUCCUUUGAGCAAAUGGGGCUCCGAUAGCCCAAUUCAGGAAUAUAAAGUGCAUGAAAUGUCUUAGGUAACAAACGCUAACGUUUUUACGGCUUAUGUCGGUUUCUAAAUAUCAACGAAUCCCAUGUGUGUGUGUUUUUUUUUUAUCAAACGGCGGCUCACACAACCAUUAUCCUUAUUCGCAAAGUUGUUACGUGUUAAAUGUUUGCAUUUGUCCACAACUUAUUCACUUUAAAAACCGUAGAUAUUCGCUGGCACUAUACUGGACACCAUCUCUACCGAAGCUAGGUGGCAGGCCUAGGGGGUGCGUUUAAUACUAGUCCAAAGGGUUCACCUGUUCAUUGCAUGGUCUUUGGGGGUGUGUAGAUCGAAUUUUACCUCACCGAAUUUG